AUGCCUCGCGGGAGAGGUCGACAAUCACACAGCCAGUUUGGCCCGACCCGUCGUUUUGACAAUGCCCGUCUCGAUGAACAGGAUUCUGAUUCAUCUGAAGGCUCAGAGGGCGGGAAAGAAGAUGUUGAAGACGACAUUAUGAGUCUGGAAUCUGACGACGAUGAAGAAGAGACUGAGCAAACCAGCCGGCCAUAUAUGGCACUGCUACAAAGCUUUCAAGAGUCUAGCGCUCCCAAUGCUAAGCGCCGGAAAAUGGAUCACAGUACACAAUCAGACGGAGAAACCGGCGAUGACAACGAAGUAGGAGACGCUCAAGAUGCUGACUUGGUAGAGGACGAAGCAGAGGAAGAGGAGGAAGUACUGCAGGCGGGUGAGAAUGAAGACGACUCAGAGGACGAGGAGGGGUCUUCGGAUCCCUUUGAUCUGCACUUUGCACAUCCCGAUGAAGCUGCCUCAGCCAAGGCUGUGAAUGCUGUCAAAAACGACGAGUGGACGACGGCCCGAAAACUGAUGGGCCCGCUCAGGGCUACAGUGCAAUCCGCCGGCUCUGAUAGCACAUUUUCAACGCUUGACAUCAAGAACAUCAAGUUGAAGCAAAAGCUGCAGGUGACUUGUUCCAGGACUCUUUCCGGACUGAACGAAGCGCAAAAGAACAUUGCCUCUCUCAUGUUCAACUAUCAAGAUGUAUUAUACUGCGACCGCAACGUCGACAACGCCGACACCUUGCGCCGGUUGGUAUGUAGCCACGCGCUGAAUCACAUUUUCAAGACACGAGAUCGUGUUAUAAAAAACAACUACAAGCUUGCCAAAGAUGCAGACACAGAGCAGGAAUUCAGAGACCAGGGCUUCACGCGCCCCAAAGUUCUAUUCCUCCUGCCGACGCGCAACUCAUGCGCCAGGAUGGUGCGCACGAUACGAGACCUGUGCCAGCCCGAUCAAGAGGAGAACCGCAAGCGCUUUGACGAGUCGUACAUCACCAAGGACAACACCUUUGGCGGCGACCGGCCCGCCGACUUCCGCGACCUCUUUGAAGGCAACGACGACGACAUGUUCCGCCUAGGGGUCAAGUUCACACGCAAGACCAUCAAGUACUUUGCGCAGUUUUACAGCUCCGACAUUCUCUUUGCCAGCCCGCUCGGCCUGCGCAUGGCGAUUGGCUCCGAGGAGGACAAGAAGAAGCCCGACUCGGACUUUCUGAGCUCCGUUGAGAUGGUCGUCGUGGACCAGGCCGACGCGCUGCUGAUGCAGAACUGGGAGCACGUUGAGUACAUCUUUGAGCACCUCAACCUGCAGCCCAAGGACGCGCACGGCUGCGACUUCAGCCGCCUGCGGCCCUGGUACCUCGAGGACUGGGCGCGCUACUUCCGCCAGACGGUCAUGCUCAGCGCCUUCCACGCGCCCGAGCUCGCCGAGCUGCAGCGCAGCGGCUGCCGCAACUGGGCCGGCAAGGCGCGCCUGCAGCCCGAGUACGCCGGCGUGCUGACGCAGCUGGGCGUCAAGGCGCGACAGACGUUUUCGCGCUUCCAGUCACAUGCCCUCGACCGGGACCCGGACGCGCGCUUCGAGUACUUUGUCUCGGCCGUCGUGCCCGCCAUUGUCAAACGCGCCAACAACGACGGCGGCGGCACGCUGCUCUUCGUACCGUCGUACCUCGACUUUGUGCGCGUGCGCAACUACUUUGCCACGUCCGCGACGGUCGGCACCGUCUCCUUUGGCGCCAUCUCAGAGUACACGGACGUGCCCGAGGCGUCGCGCGCGCGCUCGCACUUUGUGACGGGCCGCCACAAAGUUCUGCUGUACUCGGAGCGCGCGCACCACUUUCGCCGCCUGCAGAUCAAGGGCGUGCAGCGUGUCAUCUUCUACGGCCUGCCGGACAAUCCCAUCUUUUACAGGGAGAUUGCGGGCGAGUACCUGGGCAAGAGCGAGCAGGACCUGACCGUUGAGCCGGGCAAGGGUGCCGUCCGGGUGCUCUUCUCCAAGUAUGACGCCAUGAAGCUGGAGCGCGUGGCGGGCUCAAAGAGAGUGGGUAAGAUGCUGCAGGAUCGGGGCGAUACCUUUGAUUUCAUCUAG